AUGAAUAAACUUAUUGAAUAUGGUUCUGUUGAGAGCAUGCCACUAUAUAACUGCAGUGCGCAUAGCUCAGAAGAGUGGUCUAAACUCUUUGGUGUACGUCAUCCAUAUCUUGGCUAUUUCGAUAUCAUUUUUGGAGUUGUAGUCAAUAUAUUGUACGCAUCCAUUUUGUCAGUAAUGUUUCAACCGGAAUAUUAUAAAAUGUCAUGCUUCAAGAUCAUGAUCUGUCUGGGAAUUGUCGAUAUGUUGGCCUUAUGGAUAAAUUCAAUCAUCACAGGAGUGUUGGCACUCCAAGGUGCGGUUUGGUGUACAUAUCCCACUUUUAACUAUGUGAUUGGGUCUAUUAUUCUGGGAUUGUGGUGCUGUUCGUGUAUUAUUGUGUUGGGUCUUGUUGCCAACAGACUUGUGGAGAUGAGUAAGCCAGCAUAUGCAUAUACAUUGUUCAAUGGGUAA